GUGUGUGUGGUUGUGGGCCAGGUUGGACGACAUCCAGUGGGCGACAUGUCUCAGUACUCUGGGAAGAUCACCUUCUACGAAGGGAAAUGUUUCACCGGCAGGAUGCUGGAGGUCAGAGGGGACUGUGAUAACUUCCAGGACCGUGGCUUCAUGAACAGGGUGAACUCCAUCCGUGUGGAGAGCGGCGCCUGGAUCUGCUUCGACCACCCCGACUUCAAGGGCCAGCAGUACAUCCUGGAGCACGGAGAGUACCCAGAAUUCCAGAGGUGGAACUCCCACAACGACCACAUGGGAUCCUGCAAGCCCAUCCGCAUGCACGGAGAGCACUACCGCAUUGAGCUGUUCGAGGGCUGCAACUUCUCCGGUCAGUGCAUGGAGAUCUGCGACGACGUUCCCUUCCUGCAGAGCCGCGGCUUCUCCAAGAACUGCAUCAACUCUGUCCGGGUCUACGGAGACGGCGCCUGGGUGAUGUACGAGGAGCCCAACUUCCGCGGACGCAUGUACAUCGUGGAGCGCCGGAACUACGCCAGCCACAACGAGUGGCAGGCCCAGAACCCCAACAUCCAGUCCGUCCGCAGAGUCGUCAACUACUUCUAAAGGUCCAGCGGAGUCCAGCGGAGUCCAGCGGCGUCCCUCGCUACCACUCUGAGCAGCGCUGUAAUCAUGUACAAUAAAUAAACCCAGACUGAUGAGAAAACAGCUUUUUUAUCAAA